GAAUCAACAGUUGUAAUUAUCCAACUGAACAACCUACCAAGAGAUAUAACUUGUAUUCAAUUUUUUCUGAUAAGAUCAAUCUUGAAAUUCAUAUUUGAUAAAAAGAAAAAUAUAUUUCUAUUAAAUGAUACAUAUGAUAAUAUUCAAGCACUUAUUGAACAUAAUUUAAUUCAAGAAGAAAUUUUAACAACAACUAAUUUUCUUACUUUACCAUAAACAGUACAUUAAUAUCAAAAACUGCUUUAUCAGUUAAUAAUACAUAUGCUUUUUUUUGUGCUUUUGCAUGCAUAAAUAAUUAGUUUAGCUAAAUGAAAAUUUUCAUCUUGUGCUUUUUUUUAUUUUGCUUUUUAAUUGUUCGGUGAAUUUAAACAUUCAAAUAAUCCAUGUGCUAAAAAUUUUUUCGUUUUUUGUUUUUUUAAUAUUUUAUACUUCAUUUGUAAGCUCGUUUUCAAAAAAUAAAUUCUUUAAUUUUUGCAAUAUUAUUCUAUUGCAUAUGAAUAAAUUACUUUUUGAUGAAUAAGCAAAAAUUGAGAGUAGCAAAUUUUUGUUUUUUGUUUUUUUGAAUUUUGAUAAAUAAAAAAAAGCUAUUCAACUGAUAAACAUAUAUAUAAAUUAUUAUUUUAUAUUUAUUUUUUUAAUUCUAAUUGUAGAUACACACACAUAUAUACAUAAAACAAUGUACUACUCAAAUAUUAUAUCAAGUGUUCAAUCGAUUGUCAAUAUGAAUAUUAAUUCAUUGAUAUUUUGUUUAAUAUCCAUUUGUUUAUUUUUUUUCUUGUUAAAUUUGUAUCUGGAAAAGAAAAUAAAUAUAACAAUUGAAAAAUUAAAUGCUAAAUUAAUUAAAACAGGUGAAACAAAGAAGAAGAAAAUAUUGGAAAAUUUAACUGAUUUCGUACCAUUACAAAAUUAUAAAUUUUAUUGUAUUGAUGAAACACCAAGUGCAGCUAAAAUUCAAGAAUUAAUAAAUGAAGCUGAAACAACUUAUAAAUUUACAGUAUUUCAAUUUGAUGAUAUUGCAUUUAAUAUGCAUUAUAUACAAAUAGAAUUAAUUCAACAAUCAAUAUCAAUAAUAAUCAAUGUAGAAUUAUUUGAAAAUUGGCAAGUCCACUCGCCAUUAAUUCAUGAAUUAUUUGUUGUCGUGUUUCACCGAUCAAAAACAAUACAACUUUGGGGUAAACCGAAUCAAUAUGAAUAUAAUUAUGAAAUCUAUGAACUAUAUAAUACAAAUGGAAUAUUAAAUUGUCAUAUCGUUUAUAUACAAGAUUCAUUUAAAAUAUGGUACAAUAAAACAUUUAAUCAUAAUGAAAAUUGUGGACAGAUACUUGAUUUUGAAGAUAUUGAUGGUCCAUUAUGUACUUGUUCAUAUAGACCAUUGAAAAAUUUAAAUGAUACAUGGGAUUUAAAACAAGCAAUUGCAUAUACAUUUGAAGAACGUCUUGAUCCUGAAAAUUUUCAUUUAUAUAAAUGUUUAGCAAUAAUAAAACUUGCAACUGUUCUUAAUGAAAAAUGCAGCUAUGAAAAAAUUCAAGAUUACAUCAAAAUAAAUCAUUUAAAACAAAAAGUAAUGUUUAAUUUUAUUUGA